AUGGCACGCAUCCAGAUCCCCAUUGACGCUCUGACGAGCCGUCUCCAACUGGGAGACCGAUUUAACAGCAUCCGUUCUUCCUCCCUGUCCAGCCGAUUCGCGAAUCUCCGGCCUCUCUCUGAGUUCUUCGACUUCAAGCGGCUGUCCAAGCCUGAGAACUUCGCCGAAGCCCAGUCUCGUGUCAACUACAACCUCGGUCACUUCUCCAGCAACUAUGCCGUGGUCUUUGCCAUGCUCUGCAUCUAUGCUCUGCUCACCAACCCCUGGCUUCUUUUUGACAUCAUCUUCGUCGUCCUCGGCAUGUUUCUCAUCGGCAAGCUCAACGGCCAGGACCUCGAGAUCGGCCAGACCCGCCUCACCACCUCCCAGCUGUACACCGGUCUGUACGUCAUUGCCAUCCCGAUCGGCCUGAUUUCUUCGCCCUUCAGCACCAUCAUGUGGCUCAUUGGUGCCAGCGGUGUGGUCAUUCUUGGCCACGCAGCAAUCAUGGAUAAGCCCCUGGAGGAGGCUUUUUCCGGGGAGGCGGUCUAG